AGUCACCCCCUUUUGCGCGGAACGGCAAAGUUUAAAAUUUUUUAACUGUUGUGUGGUAGCGCAUAGUUGGUCGACAAAAUGGAGCACACUGAAUUUCGCGUCAAAGCCAAGGAAAUGGUGGAUUACAUAGCAGACUACCUGGAGAACAUCCGGGACCGCCGCGUGUAUCCUGGCGUGCAGCCUGGGUACUUGCAUAAGCUGCUGCCCAAAGAAGCCCCCGUGGCCCCAGAGAAGUGGGACGACAUCUUCAGGGAUGUGGACCAGCAUAUCAUGCCAGGGCUGGUCCACUGGCAGAGCCCACACAUGCACGCCUACUUCCCAGCGCUGACCUCCUACCCCUCCAUCAUGGGGGAGAUGUUAUCCAGCGCCAUCAACGUACUGUGUUUCACUUGGGCAUCUUCCCCAGCUGGCACUGAGCUGGAGACGAUAUCGAUGAACUGGCUCGGUAAAUUGCUGGGUCUACCGGAUUGCUUCCUCAACGAGAAGAACGACAGUCCUGGGGGUGGUGUCAUUCAGACGACAGCCAGCGAAGCGACCCUUGUGAGUUUGCUAGCAGCUCGCACCAGGGCACUGAUGGAGUUGGCUGAGUUAAAUCCUGACAUGCAGUCCUCCGAACUGCUGGGCCAUUUGAUCUGCUAUUGCUCUGACCAAGCGCAUUCUUCCGUCGAGAAAGCCGGAUUGAUUGGUUUAGUGAGAAUGAGGUACAUAGAAUCGGAUGAAAAUCAGAGCAUGCGUGGUGCCAAACUGGAGGAAGCCAUCUUGAGCGACAAAGCUAAAGGAUUGGUACCAUUUUGGGUUUGCGCAACACUGGGCACCACGGGGUCUGUAGCGUUCGACAACCUUCGGGAAGUGGGUGAGGUGUGCGCGCAGCAUGCUGCCUGGCUGCAUGUGGACGCGGCGUAUGCAGGCAGCGCCUUCCUCUGCCCUGAAUAUAGACAUUGGCUGGACGGUGUGGAGCUGGCUGACUCUUUCGCUUUCAACCCAUCCAAGUGGUUAAUGGUGAAUUUCGAUUGCACUGCAAUGUGGGUGAAGGAUAGCACAGCUCUGCACAGGACAUUCAACGUCAACCCUAUUUAUUUGAGACACGAAAAUUCAGGAAAAGCUAUCGAUUACAUGCUCGGAAGCGAAAACGCUAACAUCAAACGCAACGGAAACAAAAUCAACCAGAUAAAGGCAACGAUACCCGCUGCUAACGGAAGAUUGCACAACGGAAAAAUGGACGAAGAUAAAGAUUCCUCAGAUGACUUAUACGAUGACGAUGAUAGUAAACUCCAUGGCUACCACAAAAUGUCUCACGGCUGUGGUAAAAAGAUCCAACUUGAGAAUCCGGACAAGAAAGAAUUGCUUCACUGGCAAAUUCCUUUGAGCCGUCGUUUCCGAGCACUGAAGCUUUGGUUUGUGUUGAGAAACUUCGGUUUGGUUGGACUACAGAAACAUAUUCGUGAGAGUGUCCGUCUGGCUCAGAAGUUCGAAGCAUUAGUUUUGGCUGAUCAGAGAUUUGAAAUUCCUCAACAAAGUAAUUUGGGUAUGGUCGCAUUUCGUAUGAAAGGUGACAACGCCUUGACCGAGCGUUUGUUAAAGCGUUUAAAUGCUAGAGGCUUCAUCCAUGCAGUACCAGCCUGCUUUAAGGGAGUAUACGUCAUUAGGUUCACUGUUACUUCGCCUAGAACCACUAACCAGGAUAUUUUAGAUGAUUGGAAUGAAAUAAAAACCGUUGCAUCGGAAAUACUCAUGGAUGUAUUCGGAUCUGAAAAUGGCAACAUUGUCGUACCUAAGAAACCCAGGAUCUCAUUGAAAGAAACCCGUGAGUUGAAUGCGACAUUUGGCACAAGUUUACUCCUCGCUAAUAGUCCAAUGAGUCCAAAGAUAGUGAACGGGACACACGCAGCUAUUUGCGACUACGAGCAAGUCCUGACGUCGUGUGCGCAAACUUUUGCCCAGCUCAAGAUGGAGCCUAAGGAUAGCCCUGACACGCAGCAGAUAAAAGAGGUUAUCGGUGCCCAAAGCUAAAGGAUCCAGUCCCGGUGAAAGAUCAUCGAUAUCAUCCUCACCUGUGACAUCCAGCAGCACAAUUAAACAAGAUACCAACUCCGACUCAAACCAGUUACAAGUGCCAGCAACGCCAUCUAGGCAGUAUCGUUCGAAAUCCGUCGAUGUAUCUCUUUCUGGCUUACAAUACGACGACACGAAAAUCACUAUCGACAUGAAGAGCAAUGAAAUCACAAUAACACCAACAGGCUCCAAAAGCAUCGUUGGAGAAGAAAUAAAGAAAACAGUCCAUUUCAAGGAAGCCGAAGACAAAAUGAAAAUAAGUGAUAAAAUUGGUCAGGCAUUUGAAAACUUACAAGAUGGCUUACAGAUGCUAAGCGAACUAGGUAAUAACAGCACCGAAGUCAAGAACGAUGUAAAUACUGAUGAGUUCAAUGCAAAAUUAACAAUUAGAGGUCCUGGUAGCUAUAUUAAAAAGUUAAUACAGCAGUUCAGUGAAGGACCAUUCGAUAGCGAGGAUGCUAAGCCGGAAUCUGAAAGAGCUAUGCCGACACAGUCUUUCAAAGAUAGAGCUGAUGCAAUUUGUAAGAAAUGUCUUCACUAUAAAGGUAAAAUUAGUAAGUAAAGUGAAAAUGUGUAAUAAGCAAUAAAUAAUCAUUGAAAUCAUCUUAAACAUCCAAAAACAUAUAUUUUAGUUGUUAAUGAUAUAAUAAAAAAAUCCAAAAAUAUAUCUUUCGCUCUAGAAAAUUAAUAUGUUAACGCAGUAGGUAUAUAAUUCUAAAAUAGUUUAAAUUUAAAACCAUAAAAACUAUACCUAAUUAGCCAAUAAAUUACUAAGUUAGCCCAUCUUUUCUUGAUACUAAAGUUGUAAAAAAUUUAAGGAUAGUAAGAGACUAUUUAUAAAAGUGAAAUUUUAAUUGAAUAACCACAUUCUUUUUCCUUCAUCUUUAGAAUGCCGCAUUACACUAAUUGUAAUUAAUGUUAUAAAUUCAGACCUUGUUGCUUAAUUGCUUGCUUGUUGAUUAAGCAUCGGUGGUUCAGUGCUAAAAAAUUCUCCUGCUACCCAGGUUCUUCUAUCCCAGCGGAAUAAGGGUUUUUUUUAAUGAUAUUAGAAAUUUCACUUGCAUCGUGGUUUUUUAUUUAGCACCUCGAAUAUGAAAAGCGCUUGAAAGAGUUUGCAAGUAAAAACUUGAUAAAUUCGAGAAAACGAAUAUUAUGAAAGUAGAUAUACUUAUGCCAGAUUGUAAUUCUUAUGGUGGUAGGAUAAUUUUUAUAAUUAAUUUAUGUGUAAAUACAAUGAAAAUAAUUUAGCAGGACAGUAGUUUUAUAGGAACUGUUUAUAAAACGAAACCAGCACAAUGCUUUUUAUUCACAUAUGUGAUUGUAUUAUAAUUUGCUUAGGCUUAGAUGCACAUUAUAUUAUUUACGCAUAACUCUAAAUAUAAAUGAAGAUAAUAAUAUUAAUUGCUAUAAUAUUAAGUAAAGAUAAUAUAUUUUAUUAUUAAAAUCUUUGUUUUAUGAGGGUAGUUGUAAAAAAAUAUGUAACAAGCUUAGUGUACAACUAUUAAAUAAUGUUUAUGCAAAAUUUGCAGCCAAAAGGUCAAAGGGAUAAAAUUUUAUGAACAAACGUUUUUUGCAAAUUUCCCAUUUAAGAGGCUGAACUUCAAAAAAUCCCAUCUUAUUACUUGUCUGGGCAAUAAUAGGAACUCACUGUCCAAAUUUCAUCAUUCUAGGUCCAUUGGAUUCAGCUAUGCGUUGAUGAAUCAAUCAGUCUGUCAGUGUAUCCUUUUACCUUUUUAUAUAAUACUUUAGAUCAAUAUGGAGAUGAAGUAGUCCUAGGAGAAAGACUUGGCUAAUUUUAUUUGCAUAAAUUAAUCUUGAUGAAGGUUUGAUUAAAUAAAAAAUGUGUUCAUAUUGGUUAUUCCAAGCAGACUUAUUCUGAGCACCUAUUUUAAUUUAAUAUAAUAACCAAAUUAAAAUGAGAUAAAUGUAGUAAAAUAUUAAUCAUUCAUGUAGCAAAAAGAUAUAAUAUUUGUAACUGGUAGGUGCAGUUUUGCUAUGUUUAGUACCAUAAACAUAUAUUGUUAAAUUAGAUAUUAGUUGUAGGUACUAAUGUAUAUUGUUUGACGUAGUAAUAUACUAUAUUAACACGUUGUUACUGCUGUGCAAUACCAAUAAAAAAUAUAAAAAAUAUAUAUCCUGCAUUCUUGAUAUAUUAAAGAUUUAUUUUAACGAAAAUUUGCAUAAGUAGUCUUUCGAAGGAUUGUGUCACACAAAACUAUGUUAUUACUUACAUGCUUAUUAUGAUUACUUUAAAUUAGUUAUUAAAUAGAUUAACUGAUUUUAUCAAAAUGUAUAAAACACAAAGUAGAUAGCUAAGUAAUGGAAAUGUAGCAUAAGAUUUUUUUGUGAAAUAAAUGUUAUGGUUAUGAAGCAUGAACAGAAUUGUUUUAAUUUUUUAUCAAUGUACUUAUAGUAAAUUUCCUUCUUAUCGAAGCAUAAAAAAUGGUUGUUAAAAAAACACAUUUCUAAUAAAUACUUAAAAUUUAUUAAAUAAAUGCGUAACAGUCAAUAACAGUUUCUACUUACAUAUUAGACUAAAUCUUAAAUUGAGCGUUUCAAAGACUUCUCUCUUUACAAUUCACUCGUCUUACAUCACAUUAUUUAGUGAAAAGAAAUCUGUUUAUUAGAGUCCAGAGUUUAAUUAACCACAAAAAAUACGGUUUAAGUUAUAAUAUUUCUAUUAUUAUAAAAAUAAAUAAAAGGCAUAAUUGCAUCUGAUGACGAAGUACAGUACUUGUUAUAAGGAAUAUGGAACAACGACAAUUCGAGUAACAUAUAAAUCUAAAACACAGUACACCUUAGGAGAAGUUAUUUUUUUAAGUUGACCUAGCUGGGGUUCAAGCUUGAUUUUCAUAUUAAGUAACUACAGUCGAAAUUUUUCUUUCGAGAAUUUUUGUUUAGUUCCUGUUUAUUUCUGUUUAGCUUAAACCCUUCUGUAUUUCUGUAUUUUAAACAUUUUUCUCACAUUAUUUUGUCACAUUUUAUCUUUCAAAUCUUAAUGCCCAUAUUUAUAUAGCAUUUUAUUAGAAAGUUAUUCAUUAACAUUUAUUAGAAUAAAGUUCAUUAUAAUUGUCAAAUUAAUUGCUUUAUUAAAAGUCAAUGACUCAUUGGAUAAACUAGAUUCACAGGGAUUUAGAGUUGUUACAAUAAAACAGAUUAAAAUAAUGUUUUUUAGCAUUCACUCAACAGCUUCUCUCCUUUCAGUCUUAAUACUAAAAUUAAUACUAUCAAUAUUUAAAUAAAUGCAAUUAUAAUGUACAAUUUUUUUUACAUGAUUGAUUCAAUUCAUUUCAGAUAAAUUUGAUCAUUGUUUUAAUUUAAAUUAAUAAUAUUAAUUUAAAAUAUAUGAAUAAAUUUGGAAAUAUUUAAAGUUUUUAUUAAUAACAUGCUAUUGAAUUUGCGACUAUCCAAAGCAGUAAAAGUAAAAACAAAUAUUUGAAUUGUUAAAUAGCAUAGAGAGCUUUUUGACAUUAUAAACAGCUUUGUUUAUCAUUUCAUUUUGCGAAGCGUCAUAUAUUCAUUCACCUUGAGGUUACAAUAAAAAUAUUUAUUUUUUACAAUAAUUACAACAUGAAACAAUAACAUCAAUAGUUUAAACGUUUGAGCUUUUACUUUACAAAAUAUUAACAUAUUGCUGAGUCUGUUUCUAAUGAAACUGCCUGAUCACAAAAUUGGUAACCCAGUCUUCCCUGCAUCUCUUCAGUGGACUCCGGUGAUACUCUUUAGCCAUGGUUUAUAGAAAGUUGUUCUCAUAUAAACGCCUGGUAGAAAUGGUGCUGCACACUUAAUACCGUGAGAUACUGUGCCUACUAGUUGCCAUCUGCCAUCUUCCCUUUGAAGAACUAAAGGUCCGCCGCUGUCACC